AUGGAGGAGGAGGAGGAGGAGGAGGAGGAGGAGGAGGAAAACAAUCAGCUGGCCUUCCUGGAUGUCCUCGUCUGCCGCAAAGAUUGUGAUGACCUAAAAACCAAAGUGUUCAGGAAAGUGACAAAUACGGCGCAAAUAAUGAACUUCAAUAGCAACCACCCGAUCAGUCAUAAACUCAGUUGCGUAAGGGCUUUAUACCGGCGCGUUGAGACGCACUGCAGUGAAAUGGAAGACAAGGUUGCUGAAUUACAAUAUCUUCGACGGGUAAUGAGAGCACAACUUUGUCAAACAGUGCAUACGAGAACCGGGACAUGGCCAUAUUUUGAAAUUUCAAGAGGCCGAAACCCUCGCAAGGGGUGCCAACCGCGUGAGCUGCCAGCUGCUCGAGUCAUGGUUCUCAGGCCCGCAAUCCAUCAACAAGCACAAUGACCUCCCGUUACCAUAUUCCGUGCUUAGAUUUUCCCUGGGCAGGAGAAUCGGUCACGUGGGGACGGCGUGGGCGAGCAAUUAUCACAGUGACAGCGAGCCAGUUUGCCGAGCAAUCUUCACAUCAGCAUCCAGCACGGACGACGAAAUCACGGCCAUUAACUGCUCGGACUCGGACCGACAAGCCACCACUGCAUCAAUUACGACCCCAGCGGUGAUUGCGAGAACUGCUAAAGGCAGUGCGCAUACGGUCCCACGGCAGCCAUGUGCUAUCAAUACUUCACGCUUUGUGCCACCAUCACCUUUAUCUGCUAAUGUCUCUGAUGAUGGAUUCGGAUGAGAAUCCGAAACGUCAGGCCAAUGAAUUUCUUAUUCUAGUGAUCGCAUCUUCGUCUUCUCAUCUUCACAUCGUCACCACGCCGACCGGCGCGGGAAAUCAACCGUCAGGAGGAUGGACGCUUUCAUCUUUUUGGUUCCUGUCGUGCCUCUUAACAAUAACCGACCAAUUGACGGGCCUCAGCAAAAUCGAGACGGUUAAAUUAGCAAACAUCUGGACCCGCUAGGUGAACUGUUUUGUACUGCAUCAAAUAUUUAAACACACAUUCAUCGAAAUGCUUCACUUGCAUAGAAGGUGCAAAAUGUUAUCUUCACGCAUAAAGAAGGAAAGAGAGUCUGGCGGGCCGGUGAAUCCAUCCAAGUAAAAGUAGCCUAUUAAAGUAAAUUGCCGACGUUUGAUUUGAAUGGGCUUCAUUUGUUAAGGAAGCACAGAAUGCUUUAGAGCAGACGAAGGAACUGGGUCAAUGAAUGGCAAAUAUGAUAUUUUGGUAGUAAUUUGAUUAUAGACGAUUAACCGGGUGAGAUUGGAAUUUCGGCGCGCAUGAGGCAUACGUCAAUGUUAAUUCCGAUAUUUUAUCGAUUAAUCAUUUUUGAGUAGAGCAGAAAAGAGGAUGAGGAAUAGACCCAUUCAAUCACUGGAGCGAGUUGCUACCUAUUCUGAGUCUUCAAACCCGUGUAGUUGUCCAUCGUCGAUGGCAGUACUAGCAACAGAUCAAGCGACAGUCAUAGGGGGUACCGACCAAUCGAAGACCCGUGUUCAGGUUUGGAGGAUUCCAGCGGCAUCUUACAAAAAGACCGAGGGAUGGUGUUCAGGAUCAUGGCCCUUGAGUCUCUGCUUCUUUCCAGUAAGCCCUUCUCGAGACGCAAUAAGGGAGUAGGGUAGGAAGUUCACGGUGAGGAAUUCGGCGGUUGCCAGCUGUUUGUGUCGUAGGUCACGAUGAUAUUUGCAGCACUAUGCGUGAACCAUGUCCACCAACGGCCAAUCAGACUUCUUUAGGUGAGCAAUCCUAAAACCGAAUGUUUUGGGUAGACCGAAACGUACAGUGGCUGGGAUAACUCAUUAAAUGUCAACCAAAGUUCCGAAAUGAAUUUUCGUUUCGAAAAGAGUAAUUAAGUAGGGUUGUGAAACUAAGCAUUUUGCAGCAUAAUUCUAUAAGUAUUCCGUUAUCCCAGGAUGCCGGCUUUCAAAUGAACUCCUUUUCGGCUGCAUCCAAACUCCAUACUCCGCAAACAAUGAUUACCUAUUUAGCAUGCAUUUUUUCAGUCAUUUUGAUGCAUACAAAUAUUCAUUCUUUUGCUCAUUCAGUAAAAAAUCACGUCGCCUUCCAAUUGCAUAUACUAAGGAAAAAGGGAAUAAUUCGGUUUUAAAAAGGCUUAUAAUUGUGAUACUUUUUAAUACCGUGAAAUGGCCGUUUAUAAAACGUCAUGUAUCUGCCUUUACCGAUUUGGAUUGUAAAAUUAGCAAUAUGGAUCAAAUCAAAUGCCAAAUUUUAUAAACCCUAUAUUACUCCCCAUUAUUACCACAGAGAAAUGUACAAUCUUCCGUUCACAGAAAUUAUAACUCUUGUAGGUUGGGAACCCUGAGUGCAAGUGUAACGGCAGUGUGUGUUCAAAAUUAUUUGGGAAUUAUAAAAGUAUUAUAAAACCUAAUUAUACCCUUCGUUCGAGUGUGAAUUUAAAAAGACGUAAUUUUCACCUGAAUGAGCCAAAAAAGAAAUUUUUCUGUGCAUGAUUAACCAUGAAAUAAAAUUGAAUCUUUAAGGGCAUCGAAAAUCAAUGAGAAAAAUUUAUGCUAAAUAUGUAGUCAUUUUUACAGAGUAUAGUUUUUUUUCAUGCAUCCGGAAAAAUAUUCUUUCGAAAGCCGGCAUCCUGGGGUAACUGAAUUAUUAUAGAAUCGCGCUGCAGGAUGAAACGUAAUUCAGAAUUUUGGUUGACAUUUCAUGAGUCAGCCCACCUACUGUAUGACAAGUAUUCUGAAAAACACAUCUGUCGAAUUGUUUUGUCGUGAUGUGGUUCGAUUAGGGGAAGACAAGUUGGAGCUCAGCUUAAACCAGGGUAACUAUAGGGAGAACUUUGAUAAAUGUCUUUGUAAAAGCGCAAAGUUAAGUUGACUGAUCGCCUCUAUCUCGCCAGUAUGCGCGUCGCAGAAAUCCAGAGUAUCGCGCUGACACAUCGAACAGUUUAAAAUGCUUGACUGACGUUUUCUCGAUUACCGUUUUCAGCCAGGUGAAACAUGAUAUCCCUAUUAGCAGACUUUUGCAUGACUCGACUUAGCCCAGUAGGAUGGAGCAUUGCAUUCAUUUGCUUAGGCGCAUAGCCGUCCGACUAAUAAAACUAGCUCCAUAAGAAACAUUGUGGGCCAAAAUGUACGUUUAAGACGUCUUAAAUGCCAGUAUUUCGGUGCUGUUGGGUGCGUGGUCGUAAUAAGAGAAUUAAAACGACCCUCUAGGACUUCACUGACCGGGCCUCGCAAAUUAAACAAUGUAGGAAUGCAUGCUUCUUUUUUUACCUGGGAGAAUACUCCGGAAGCGCAUGGCUGAACACGCAGCAGCAGUAAGGAGUGAAGACUCCAGCUCUCAGGUAACAGUUCAUUCCACGGAUCCCGGCCAUAUUUCAAAGUUUCGAGGGGUCGGAAUCCUCUCAAGAGCUAGCAGCUGCGUAAGCCGCAAGCCACUCGAUUCAUGGUUCUCAAGCCGACAAUCCAUCAACAAGUACAAUAACCUCCCGGCACCAUCUGCAGUGCUGAGACACUCCCUGAGCAGGAGAAUCAGUCCAAUAGGGAGGGCGUGGACGAUCAACGAUCCCGGUGACAGCGCGCCGAAUUGUCGAGUAAUCAUCACGUCAACAUCUAACACGGAUGAUAAAAAUUGCCACAGUUAACGACUCGGACGCGGAAUGACGAGCCACCAACGCCUUUAUUACGACCCCCAGCGAUAACUAAGGGAACUGUUAAUUAUAAUACGUAUGUGGCCCACGGCAACGACGUACUAUAAAAACUGCAGUCUUUGUGUCUCCACCACCGCCUCUGGUGAUGGGCUUGAGUGGGAAACCGAAGCGCCAGACUAAUAAACUUCUUAUUUUAGUCACCUCAUCACCAUCAUUAUCAUUUGGGCAGAAUGAUAUUACCGAGAAAGACAUGGUCAUCGCCAUCAUCAUCUCACUCUUCUGGACGGAGAAUUAUUACGGACAUGGGCGAAGAAGCCAGAAAUGGGAACUUUCUAACAUACGCCAAUUAUACUUCACGGAAAACAUACACAAAAAUGGACAUUCUUUUAAUCAUUCGGUGGAAAAUUACAUUCUCUUCCAAUUUUUUAAUUGAGGAAAGCGUAUAAUCCGGUUUGAUUAAGUCUCUAAUUGUGAGCUUUUUGUAAGACCGUGAAAGGCUCGAUCAUAAAACCUGGUUUCUCUGCAUUCAUAAUAUUGCUCAAAUCCACUGCUAAAUGUUAUGAAACGCGUAUGUUCUCCUCUUAAUAUCGUUGAGAGAUGUAUUGGUUGCUGUGCGCAGAAAAUUUACGCCUUGUAGAUUGGAAAUCCUGAAUGCAAGUUUUACGGCAGGUGGAAUUCAACACUAUUUGGGAAUUGAAAACUUUAAUGAAAACUGAAUUAUACGCUUUCUUCGACUACAAAAUUGGAGGAAAAUGUAAUUUUUAUUCCGAAUGAGUAAAGAAUGACUAUUUUAUUUAUGUUUUUCCGUGUCAUAUAAUUGAACUUUUAAGCGCAUCAAAAAUCAGUGCGAAAAAAGCAUGCCACAUAAGCAGUCAUUUUUUGAGCGUGUGGUUUUUGAGUGCGACCUAUUACACUUGACGUAAAACCUGACUGUUUUUUUCCGAGACAGAACCUUGAUAUCGCGUUACCUCCGUUGUAUGUAAAGAAUGAAGCAUGCGAGUCGGAUCCUAGUAGGUCCACGAACCUUCUACUUCCCCCUUUCGUUUACCCACCAUCAGAGACUGGGAAGUCAUGCGCGCAGCUCCCCUUAUAUGGCGCACUUUGAUGUGUGGUCCGCCAGUGACGCCUGUGUGGCUGCAUCUAACCUGCAUGUCACCGUGACCUGAAUAGUUCCCUCCCUCGUCGGUCGCGGAGAUAGCUGACGGCCUUAAUUGUCUCGCGCCGUGACUGUCCGCCGUUAAGGUGGUUCGUAAUGUCAAAUAAGGGGAGGCAAGUUGAUUUGGCGGUUGAUAGAACAGUCGGUGGACAUCCAGACUUCUUGCACCUGCCUUGUUGUAUGAUCAUUACCGCGACGCACAAUCUCAACGGCUUGAAAGUUGAAGAUGUGUCCCAUUUGUGCGGCAUGGGUUGUUGCCUCCGACGUCGCACGGCCAACUUAUGCUCGUACAUUCGCGUUUGUAGCCGUUGGCCGGUUUCCCCAACGUAGUUGCACCAUUCGCGGCUGCAGUGAAGUCGGUAGACCACGGCGGACAUUUCCUGCUAAGGGAUCGAACCUUUUCGCCGCGUCACUUGCAGCGGAUUGUUGAGUCAAACCUGUGGGCAAGCCUUAUUCCGAGUGGCACGAGUGAUCUAGCCACGGCUUCGGAGAUCCCUUUACUGUACGGAUUGCUCCACCACGAUUUUGACUGACUAUGUUCUUUAUUCUGUUUCCUUGGUUACCUUCGGCUCCGUCCAACAAAUGCUCGCGGAUGGCCGUUGGCCCAGUUUUGCGGCUGACGUGCUGCAAUACAUUUACGCCCCCUGAUAUAACGUGCGUACACAACUUCCUUUGUGUGCAAUGAGUAGUUGCGGCGUUUGCAGCACGUUAAUCGGUUUGCUGUUUGGUUGACAGCUACCGAGAACACCCAAGAAUGGAAGUUUGUCUCCCACUUCUUCUUCUUCUUCCAUUGUCAGCAGUAGAUCGGGAAUGGGUGAGCUCAGCAGCUCUCCAUAGGCGUCAUUGGCGGGUCACACACCAUACAAAGGAGAGGUGUGCGCAUGACUUCCCAGUCUCUGAAGACGGACAGACGAAACAACUACUCGAAACGUCAGACGUUCAAUACGCCUCUGCCGGUGAAGGCCAGUUUUCUAUCUCUCAAUCUGCUACUGACCGUCUUGACAGUUCGAUAAGGUGUGCGUCAGAGACAUCUGAUCCUAUCAUGCAUUCUCCCGGAUAGCAUGAGUGCUGCUUUCUCAGACUUCCCGCCGUCCAAAACAAUCUGACCUAAUCUGUCCACCCUCAUCGCAUGAGGUCGCCUACCAGCAGGUCCUAUACUCUGCUCUCGACCGCCGCGUUCUCCCAGUUCAUGCCAUCCAACGCUAAGACUGACUGCCGUGUCUCGGUGUCGGUCCCGCUUGAUGUUUAUCCGGUUUCUCACCUCCAAUCACCUACAGACCGCAUACACCAUGGUCGUUACCGGUCCUUCUGGCCUCCGCGAUUUCUGACGUGUUUCUUCUGACUCCUGUAACACCAACCACGCCUUCCAAUGGUUUCUAUAACGGAACUAUCUGACUAAGCGUUCGAUUGUCCUCAGAAGUCUACUUUCUAGUCAAAAUUCGUUAAACGCGUUUUAGACUUUGCUUUUCACUCAUUCACUACUGCCAGUCUUCACCUACAGUCGCUCUGCUUUCCAAAAUUCAUGGGCUAGGCCCCUCUGAACUGUCCCGUCCAGAAUUUUCGCUAUUAUCACAGGACGUUCGACCUAGUCGUAAGAUGGUGAUAAGUGUGAAAUAACAUUAUUAGCAAAGACAAUGUAGGCUGUAACGUCAGUUUCGGGCUUGUCAGCCGUCAUCGGCCAUCCUCACGCAACCCCGAAGUGCAGAACGCCUGGGACUUGAUCUCGCGACCUGUUAGUAAAUAAGUCCAACGUUCUAACCAUUGAACCAAGGGCUCGUUGUCCUACAAGUCGCGAUUGGACUUAUUAACUAUGCUAGAGAAUGCUCACCGGUCCAUACUCGUCCCCUUGUACUUUGCGACCCCAUCUAGAGCUGUGCGCAUGACUUCCCAUUCUCUGAUAGUGGAUAGACGAAACAACUACUCGAAAAGCUGGACCUCCAAUAUACCACUCCCGGUGAACGCCUCCUUUUCUUUUGAUAAGUCACUUGGGAAUCACAUUUUUAUGACUAUUGAUAAAAAUCAGGAUAAAUUGCUGUAAAGACUACAUCCGAUUUGUUUACUGCAGAGAAAAUGUGGUCGGACAGAGUACUUUUUAAAAAAAUUUAAGUCCACUUGAACGGUUGUAAAAGAAGGUGAACACAUUCAUGGAGAUUUUUAUUUGCGCAAAAUACCAUCAGAUACGUAGGCUGACAGGCAGUCAAACGGUUUUUAUGCAGUUUUUUAAUGCCGUAUGUUGUGCUAAAAUAACUCUUUUUUACGUCGUUCAAACGCAGCAGUGUUCGUUUCCCUAAAAGCACCCACCGAACGGUUGCAGACAAGGUUGCAUGAGGAUUUUGAGGGCUCAUUCUUGCUAACUUCAGUGAAAAUUACAUCAAAAUUCCUCAGUCGUGAUUCGCCAUCGGUUUCGUUCUGUCGGGGUAUUCAGUUCGUCUGAAAGGAGUUACAAAUUCUUGAGACAAAAUUUACCCGUCUGGCCCGUGACUUUAAAACGGAUUUGAAUUUAAACAAUACUACUGUCCCUAUCAACAACAUGUCUGCAAUUGUACAAUGAUAAAAUUUGACAUUUGUGAAUGUGGGCAGGUAAAUAUGCAGUCUGAAAUCUGUUAUAGUCAAUCGCGAAUACUCACGUCUCCAAACUUGCUUCUCCUGCGAAUGCGGUUACGUCUGCGAGAUGAAACCGAACCUGACCUUCACUGAAAUAUGUGCUGCUUAGUGCUUGCCAAAGCAUUGAAUAACGGAGUCGCUCACAUAGGUGCAGUCAUUCCGCAAAUAUUUGGAAGCAGUUUUCGACUGAACUGCAAUGAACAACUUUCUAUGACUUUCCAUCUAAUCACAUGUGAUUCGAGUUAAAAUGCAAGUAAAUACUUCUGAUGGACAGAGUAGACUAUAUUCCAAAAAUGGACAGAGUAGACUAUAUUACGAAAAUACAGUCAAUUCUGUCGGAUCAGGAAAAGUUCCGAAAGACAGAGAAGGAGAAGAACGGUACAGAUGAGACUGAAGCAAACUGACUGACUGCUUGAAAAGGACUUCAGGCCGAUGAUUGAGUAAGCGAACACUACGUAGAGCGCCUCCGACCCGUCGGUACGCAUAUACCUCGAUUAUAUAGUUUACCGAAGAUCCACAAAGAUGGCGUACCGGUUCGUCCAAUCCUCGAUAUGAGGAACUCGCCGUACCAUGCAAUAGCGAAAUGGCUGGCGGAGAAACUUAAGCCUCUGCAGUAUCAACUAGCGUCACAUAGCUAUCGAAAUACUUUUGAAUUCAUUAACGACGUGAAAGUCUUCGAUCUGAACGAAAUGGUCAUGUUUUCAUUAGAUGUCUCGUCCCUUUCUACGAACGUACCGAUAACGGAAACGGUCAACUACCUAUGUGAUUUCAUUACCGACAAUCAACAUAAUAUAUGAAUGCCAGUGAAUGCCCUCAAGGAAUUGUUAUUAAGGUGUACCUUGAACGUGCAGUUCGUAUUCGUCAACAAUCUAUAUAGGCAGAUGGACGGCGUAGCAAUGGGCUCGCCCCUUGGCCCGCUUUUGGCGAAUAUAUUUAUUGGAAAGUUAGAAGCUUUCAGCUACGUCACCAGAUCAACGGUUUAAGAUACUAUGAGCGGCACGUGGAUGAUAUAUUCGCGAUUACACCGAAACUAAGUGACAUAUCAAUUCUACUGGAUGAUAUAAAUCAGGCGUACCCAUCAAUAACAUUCACUCUGGAAGAAGAACAGUCCGGUUCACUUCCCUUUCUGGAUGUGCUUCUGAGUAGAAGACCUGACGGCAGCAUUCGACGCAGCGUCUAUCGCAAAAAAACGUGGUCCGGAAAAUACACCCAUUUUGGGAGUUUCGUACCGCUAAACGUUAAACGUAAUUUAGUCCGGUGUUUGAAAGAAAGAGUAAGAAGAAUCUGCUCAGCUGAUAGCGUUGAGAAGGAGCUGAAGACCAUCGAAAGCCUCUUUCGCCAAAACAGGUAUCCUGAUUGAUUCAUUACUAAGAACAUGGCCGAAAGACCGCAAAAGCCCCUGAUACUGACGGCAAGAAGGAAAAGGCUUUUUAUCAGGGUCCCAUUCCAAGGGGAUGCACAAAGUGAGCUCUUAAGAAGACGUCUUACUCAAGCUGUCUCGCAGACCUUUCCAGCAGCUGACACCCGUGUACUGUUCUCCAACAGUCCCAUCCUACACGGAAAGGGCAAGGACAAACUACCAGCUCAGACCACCUCCAUGUGUAUUUACUCCUUCACCUGAUCCUGUGGGGCAGAAUAUAUUGUGGUCGCACGGGCCGGCGUUUGUCCGAAAGGAUAAAAGAAUACCCUCCAGCAUGGCUAGGAAAGGGACAAAUAAAGAACAUCAACAGCUCGAUCCUCGAGCAUAUGGUAGACAAAGACCACCGCGUAGACACCAACGAGGCCUUCAGAGUGAUUUACAAGGUCCCAUCAAGCUAUCCAAAACUGCUUGGGCAGCGCUUGUUGGCUACGGCCGAGGCGGCUGCAAUCACGCUACGCCGACCGGUCCUAUGCGCACGGUAGAACUUCGUACAGGUCCCACAGUUACCAUGGUUCAAUGCCACCAAGCCAACCACCCGCAUGUAAAUACCUUCGCCGGGACCCACCUUCUCCCGGGCUCUGACUGGAAUUGUGGCGCUUCUUUCUCCCACUCCCCUCUCCAAACCCGAGUUACAUCUUAAUUAUCUACUCGCCCGUAUCUUUUAAUUCAUUACUUCAAUAGCAAUAUAAAUGUACAGGCCUGAAGAGAAUUUAUCGAAAGCAGACGUAUGCUUGCCAAAUUGCCUUUUGAAUUUUACAAUGGGAAUUUUCGCAAUUCUGAAAAAGCGCUAUUUGUCAAAUAGUUCAAUAUUUCCCACCGAAGCCUUAGGCUGAUCCAUUACAGCAUAUCGUUCUCUGAAUUACGGUCAGCCGGAUUCAUAUAUUUUGAACUGAGCCCUGGUUUUCCAAGAACAUUCCAAGAUUGGCGAUCUCACAGACCCACACCUUCACUAUCCGCCUUGAGUUUGAAGAGAACUUGGAUGAUUUCUUUCAACUGAUAGACUCCUGUGUGAACUGCAAUGUAAGGUCGGUUACAAAGUAGUCCAUGAUGAACCCUGUUGGGGGUGGGACGUCCGUCCUUCAUCUCGGUAGUCAAUCUGUCGUCGAUUCAUGCCUUACCUGAGUACCGAUGAUCAAAGUCCUGUCUGCGAGUGAAAACUUAAUCUUAUCAAGAGAUUAAAUAAAAAAGUGGUCCCACACAGCCUGGACACCAUUGACUUCACACAGAUUUGCACAUCCCUCGUAUAUGCAGCUAGAAGAAGCACGGGUGAAAGCACGCUUUGCUAGGUGAAUUAAGCAGGUUUUCGAGUUACCCAUCAUUUCGAAGAACUUCGUUUUAGUCCUUAGCACUCAAAUGUGAAAAGGAAAUGCCCGUUUUUGUCCUGAGAGCAGGAAUGGACCGUCGAAGGUGUAUAGUCUGUCCUAAAGCGAGUUAUCCGAAGAGGAGGAAUUUUAACUACAAGUUCAUAAGUCGUUCCUGACGCCUAAUACGCAGGAAAGAUGCAAAACUGUCGAGAAUUAUUUUGUUUUGUGGAGCUAGUGAUAGGAUACAUGUCCUUUUGGACUGUGUGGCAAGGUCACCAUUUGUACAGGGACGCUGUUAAUCGGGAUUUUUUAGGGUCACACUUCUCGGGACAAAUACGCGGGGAAUGUUGCGAGAAGUUUUAAUUUGGUUAGUGAAAUCUCACAACUAAAUACCUCCAUUUGUCUGGUCCGAGCAACAGAUUUCUAAGGUCACUCAUGAUCAGAAGUAGAUGAGACGGGCGAGUUAGCUAAACAAACCCAUGUCGUUCGGCAUCUCACAGUCUUCCAAUCAUUCAAUCGGUCUCAGACGUGUACCUGAACUGAACUCUGUUAUUCAUUGCUCCACCAAGAGUGGAGAUUUAAUAACAUUAACAGACCAGACAGACAAUUUGACACACAACAAUCCUACGCCGCCACAGUUAAUCUGGUCCACAUACAUCCUAACAUCGUUUCUCCUAGCCCGAUUUCAAUGAAAACAGUCGUCUUUCAGCUGACAGACUGCUGUACGAAAGUAAGUUGGGGCAAAGCCCGUGAGGAGACCUGCUGGAGGGGAGGGGGGACGUUCGUCAUUCUGCUCUGCAGUCAGUCAAUCAUCGAUGCAUGUGCGACCUGAACAUUACUCAUUCACGGGUUGUGCCGAGGGCAGAGACCUGAUCAGACGAGACAGUGGAUUUUACCCCGCAGGCGCACGCCAUCACAGUUCACUCCGUCAGCACCCACAUGCAGCAAUCACAAGGUGCUCGAAGAAACAUUGGUAUGGAAAGGCUUUGUUGUUCAUUUGCAUCACGCGAUGUUUUCUCACAUGACCAUAAAAUCGUGUCAUGGCGUCCCCAAGAAGGUCUGGCAUGAUCAGACGAGACAGCAGAGUUAAACCCACACACCCACGACCUUGUGGAUCUUGUUGUCUACCAAUCAUCACUACGGAAUGUUCAAACCGCCAAGGAACUUGAUCUGAAAGGAAUGUGAAUUCCACAUUGCAGCUUCUGUCUGCAUUGCAGAAAAUGAUCAUAUCCGAUUUCUGUAGGAUCAGCUAGGCCUCAAACGAGUAAUUACGCAGCAGAUUAAACACUGCAUUGGACAUAGGGACACCACUUAAACAGUAGGUGAACUAACUCAUGAGAUGUCAACCGAAAUUCCGAAAUGCGUUUUUGUUUCGAAAAGAUUAAUUAAGUAGCGUUGUAAAACUUGUCAGCUUGCAACAUAAUUCUCUAGUAUUUCAGUUACCUCGGGAUGCCGGCUUUCUAAUGAACUUCCGUCCGGCCGCAUGCGAAAACUACACUCUGUAAAAAAUGACUACGUAUGUAGCAUUAGUUUUUGUGCAAUGAUUUACCGUACUAACUACACAGGUAUUAGCUAGAAGCCCAGACGCGCGUGUUUCGCCUAUCUUAUGCCGCUGCCUGAGGCAGCUGCGAGGGGUCCGGCUCAUUAGUGGGUCCCCCAGCUUUCCCCGUGUGUUUUCUGGUAUACGAACUCCAGUUUCAACUUGCCUUGUUUAAUUUCCAAAGAAAUGAAUGCGCGAACUUGGAGUAAAUCUUUCGAAACGGGCCUUUUCAGGCACGGUCCAAAUUUGGAUAUGAAUGUUUGAGCUGAAAUUCAUCAGCUACUGCGGAAUAACCGCUUAACAUUCACAAACCGCCAACAGGCAGCCAGUAGUAUAGAACUAAGCAAAGAUUUACCGUACUAACGACACAGGUAUUAGUUAAAAGCCCAGAUACGCGUGUUUUGUCAAUCUUAUGUCGCUGCCUGACGCAUCUGCGAGGGGUUCGGCUCGUCAAUGGGUCCACCAGUGUUUUCCGUAAGUUUUCUCAUUGAUAUUCGAUGACCCUACAUGUCCAAUUAUAUUUCAUGGAAAAAAUGCAUAAAAAUAUUCAUUCGUUUGCUCAUCAGGUAGAUAAUUACGUUUUUUUCCAAUCCUAUAAUCGAAAGAAGGGUAUAAUUCGAUUUUUAAAGACUUUUCCAAUUCCCGAUUAAUUUUGAACCUCAAUAAUCAGCCUUUUAAACUACAAGCCGUAUAUUGUCAGCGUACAGAAAACCUCACAUUUCUCUACGGUAAUAAAGACAGCCCAUAUGGGGUUCAUAAAAUGAAGCAAUGGGUUUGACCCAUAUUGUUUACUUUACGAGCCACAUUGGUAAAUGCGGCGACAUGACGAUUUAUGAACGGUCAUUUUACGGUAUUAACAAAUCUCAAAAUUAGGUUGACUAGUUUUUAAAUCCUACCUAAUUAAUCUUUUCGAAGCGAAAGCGCAUUCCGGAAUUUUGGUUGACAUUUCAUAAGUUAGCCCAACUGCUCUACAUUCAAUGAUAUUUACCGGCGAACUGCAUUUCAGUUCUACAAUCGCUUGGUGCGGCCUCAUUCACAUUGGUCAAUAUCUAAAAUAUCCCAACAAGCCGUCAAGUGCCUUUGGGAAUUUGUGAAUAAAAUAUCAACAAAUUAGCCUGAACUGGGGAGUUAUUUCGACUGACUCAAGUAACUGGGCAUGUUGCUUAGUCUGACUUGGCGUCUCUGAAGGCAUGUAGGCGCACGACAUUGGUUGCACGGCGCUAACAGUAUCCAUCAGUAUUAAGGGCAUGACCUUGAACUUAGUCGUCUACCCAUUUAAGCAGCCUCAUUUGAGCAGUAAGUACAAGGUAACAGGUGGCAUCAUGUGGAGCAGACUCGCGAUGGUUUUGAUGACCACUGUUUUACCAAGUUGCUAUGGUCUUUCGCCGCAAGGGAUGCCAAACGCAGCACAGCCUACUCCAGCAAGUGCAUUAGGUCAGUUCUUGCCUUGCCUCAGAAAAAUAUUAUAGACUUGCAUUCAUAGUUACAUGUCUACUGCAUGCAACCGUUGUUUCUCACAGAAAAUCAUCUGCAUUUCCUGUACAUAUAAUAUGUUUCCUAUGACGCAGCGUUCGUUGUCGCCAGUAGCAAGCUGGAGGGCGGACGAAAUGGAAUCGAGUGAGAUCCUAGCCAAUGCAGUGAGGGUCACAUGCCUACUAGACAUGCUUAUAUACCUCACUACAUAGGGCCUAUGAAGUACUGAUCGAUAAGGGACAUGAAACAGUUGUCUGCCUCUGGCCUGUUGCACUUUUAGUGAGCUGCCUAUGUAUUAUAUAUAUAUACAUAUCUCGAAAGAAACAUGUUCUUUGCUAAAGACGACACAACUUAUUCUGUAAAUGUUCGACGUUGACUCCCCAAUUCGGCCUCAAACAUGAAGCAAAUGUGCGAAACAGUUAAAAUUUGAACAUGCCUUAAGAUCGAUAUUGCUCUGUCGUUCCUGCUUCUCGGCUGGCAUCAUGUUCUGACUAGCUAACGUCUUUUCGACUUUUCCUUAAUUCUACUGCGCUUAGCAUCUUAUUCGAUGUGUUGAAUGAUGCAUGAGUUAUUAGAAUAAAUGGCCUUUAUGACGCAUUCUAGAGGCACUCCUUAGGUGAGACGCCGCGCGUUGUAGACGGGGUUGUGUUUGAUCAGUCAGUGGUUGCUUAUCGGGUCUCACAAAUUCCUAACGGUAUAAGCAUUCAGUCCUGAACCCCUCUCUAAUCCUCGGACUUACUUCGGAGUAGACUCUCAAGUUCUUUAUAUGGACGUUUUCUGAUUCGUAUAUGCUUCUACUUACAGUAGAUAUUGCUAACUCAUGAAAUGUUAACCGAAGUUCUGAAAUCCGUUUUCGACUCGAAAAUAUUAUUCAAGUAAGACUGUAAUGCUGAUAGCCGUGCAGAGCAAUCCCAUAAUAAUUCGGUUACUUUGGAACUUCUUUUUGGCCGCCUGCAAAAACUACACGCUGUGGCUUUUUCAUUUCCUCCGAAAUUAUCUGCGAACUUGGAGUUAACCAGUUUAUUCAAGUUCUAUAGGCUCAGACCGGUUUGAGGCUAUAGACCUUCAAUGAACUCAUCUACUCCAAGUUCGUAGAUAAUUUCCGAAGAAAUCAGAAACCAGCAAUUUCUAAAUUGGAGUAUCCACCAGAAAACACGCGGUGACCGCUGGGUAACCCACUGACGAGCCAAACCCUUCGCAGCUGUGCCAUGCAACGACAGAAUAUCGGCGAUACACGCGUGUAUGGACUUUUGGCUUGUACCUGUGCUUUUAGUAUGGGAUUCCCUUACCGUAAAGUAUACUACAAUCUGUAAAAAAUAACAACUUAUGUAGCUUGAAUCCUUCUUAUUGAUCUUUGAUGUUCUUAUAAAUUUAAAUAUAUCUCAUAGAGGAAAUGCACAAAAAUAUUCAUCCCUUUAUUCGGUUGGUAUAAAAGUGCGUUUUCUUCUACUUUGAUGCCUGAAGGAAUGGUAUAAUUCGGUUUUAAACCUUUCCUAGUGCCCGAAUAAUUUUAAACCAGACCUGCGUCUACACUUGCAUUCAGGGUUUCCAAACUACAAGUUGUAUAUUUUCGAAGUUCGGAAAGUCAUCCAUUUCUCUACAGUAUUAAGAGAAGACAAUAUGGAGCAUAUCAGUAUAUUUGAGCCAUAUUGCAAUCUUUACAAGCAACAUUAGUAAAUUUAGAGACGUGGGAUGUUAUGAUCGAGCGUUUCACGGUCUUAAAAUUUCAUAGUAAAAACUUUUCAAACGAAAUUAUACCCUAGCUUUAAACAAAAGAUUGAAGUAGACGUAACUUCCUACCAAAUGAGUAAAUGGAUAAAUAUUUUUAUGCAUGUUUUCCAUGAGGUAUAUUUAAAUUUAUAAGGACAUCAAAAAUCCAUGAGAAUAAUUUAUACUUCCUGCGUGGUCAGUUUUUCAGAAUGCAGUUUUGUCAGCAACCGAAAAGAAAGUUCGUUCAAAAGCUGGCAUCUUGAAGCAACCCGUAUCUGCUGUUGUCUCUGAUGAUGGGUUCGAGCAGGAACCCGAAACGUCAGGCUUAUAAAUUUCUUGUUCCAGCGAUCGUGUCUCCUUUUUCAAAACAACUGGAUUAUUUAAGGAUUCUGCAGCACGAAAACUAAUAUUAUAAUCCUACUUUAGUAGUCUUCUCAAAACGAAAACGCACUCCAGAAUUUCGGUUGACAUUGCAUGAGGUAGCACAACUACGGUAAACUUCUAAAGUACUGUGGAAUUGAAGGAUAAAGACCAUUUGGUACGGCCUCAGCUUCCUACUCUAUCAAACACUCGAUUCUCUCUCCCGGUAGAUCGGAUACUUUUCACGCAUUCAACCGUUCUUUCCGUCUUUAGGUAAUAUCGAUCCCUGCAAUCUCCCAAUGGAAUCAGGACCUUGUCGUGCAUAUAUGCCAAGAUUCGCCUUUAACGUCACUGCCGGAGCAUGCCAGCAGCUCAUCUACGGCGGUUGUGGCGGCAACCGUAACAGGUUCGGUACCGAAGAGGAAUGUCUGAUAGCAGGUGGACCAAGAACACUCCACAGGAAUGAGACCAAAACAACAGGAUCUGGUUUUCAUUCGACUGCAGCCCCGAGUCUCCUUGUCAGUUUAACCCUGUCAUUAGGAUUUUUUAACCAGUCUCCUUAGCCUGUCUUCGCCGUACAGUUUGUGUUUUGCUUCCGUUUUCUACGAUCUGUUCUGUUUAACCUGUUAUUUACUCGUUCUUCCAAUACAGGUCACGCGGUAUGUUUUGUCAGUCGGCUGGUAUCUGGCUACUGGCAUUUCAUCACUGUAAUCAGACGUCUUCCAAAUCAAGCCACUUAUAGGCAUGUUAGACGAAACUUCUUUCAAACCCCCUGGGGAUCGUUUAUUUCAGCUAUGUAGUUAUUUUUGAGUACUUGGACGUCGUAUGGCGACGGAAAUGGUGGCGUGAAAUAGUAGUUGUUUUCUUGUCAAAUAUGGCAGACAGUAGUCAUAAUUGUUUGAAAACAUUCGAUGCUCGACAUUUUCGAUAAGCUACAAAGUAGAUGUAUAAAUGUCUUCCAUAUCACUGAUAUUAUUCUAAUGAGUCGAGAGGCACCACCAUCAAGUCUUCUGCUUUGUAAAUGGUAGGACAUAUGUUCACAAUGUGUUUCGUGGCAACGAUCUGCUGAAGGUCCCAAGUGUCUGCGACUGGUCACAGGCAUCUGCCUUACGAGGACGGUGUUAACAGGGAUUUUACGUGUGGCGCAUGAGGAAGCCAGAAGAUUGAUUCUUUACUCUAUAAGCUGAGGUCAUGGCAGGUUGUGCGACGUCCGAAAGCAAACUCCACGUUUAGAGGGUAAUGAAUAAAACGCUGCCUACUUAAACAAGUAUAGUAGGCAUUGCUUAUGUGUUGUAGAUACUCGGAGCCUUCAUCGUACCCUUAACUAUCCCGUGGCGAGAUAACGUUCGGGAUAAGAGUGUUUAGCUCGUUGCCUAACAAUAUUAAUUUGUCGUGUAAUGCGCUGGAAUAAUGUUGUGGGCAAUAGUGUUUUAUCUGUUGCCUAGUAAUAGUAGCUUGUCGGUAAUUUGGUAGGACACUGUUAGGGAGAAGUGUUCUAAUUGUUGCCUAAUAAUAAUAGCCUGUCGUGUAAUGUGGGGGGGUAAUGCUCUGAGCAAGAGUGUUUUAUUUAUUGCCUAGUGUUUCUUGAUUUAGCUAGGUAGUAGCCUUCCGUUACCCGGGGCUAAAUGAGACGCACCUUAUAAGGCAGCAUGUAUCAGAUAGUGUCAAAAUGGCUUAAAUCAUAAAUGAAGUAAGAUUGCGCGGUCCUGUAAGGCCUUCUUAGUUGCGUACUUCUCACGAAUGAGAACAGGUUAACAGUGGUCUAUAAAUACCAGGACCAGGAUUAGGAACGAAUAAAUCUCGCCUUUAUGCUAUGCGUUUUUCUUAGACAUUUUGCUUUUGUAGCUCACAGAGAAAAUAUCUAAAGUUUAAUUCUUGCCGGUUCAUUCGCCAACCAACAGACGCACUGUCUGAACUGCAGCGCGUGCUAUUUUCUCCGAAUAUCUUAUUUAAUUUCAAGGAAGGUGGCUUGGUUCCUUCUCACAAGUUUCACAUCGGUUGUAACGCGAAAACCACCGAUUCCCUGACAUUCCACAUGCAUGAAAUAGAUACAACCUACUGAACGCGCUUCAUAUAGUUCUCACAUAAUCGAUACUCUCAGUAAUCUUUUUAUCAUCAGUCUCUUCGACGAAUUUUCGAGACGAUUUGUGUAACUUCAAUGUUAUUAUUCCCCCGCGGCUGCAUAACUGGCAAUAGAUGAGAAUAGGAACGUCUUCAGUACGACAUAAAAGGAAUAACUUAACCGAACAACGCCUACUUAAACAAAGUUAGUAGGGAGUCUUGCAUGGAUAAACCUACCCCGACCACAUACAAUACGCCUACUUUAUCAUUUGGGAUGUCCUUAACUAAAUGCAGACGUCUGCCCAAUUAAAGUAACUAAGUUUGGCGAUGAUAACUAUGUGGACAAGUCCGGCAUACGUACGCAUUUGAUUGUUCAUCAUCAGGCCUGUACAGUAACAUAAGGGCAGAAUAGCAAAAGUUGAACAUCCAAUAGUAAUUAAGAAACAACAAAUCAUGGCAUUCAGGAGGCGAUGGUCAUAUUUCAGUCUUACCGACAGGUCAUGAGUAAUGGAGAGAAAGCCUGUUCUACAUGCUGACGAGCUAUGAAUAUCAAUAACCAACACUGCUGUCAUCUGAUUGCUGAUAAGACCGUUGUAUCCGUGUCCGCAAUUGCAAUGCUUAGACCCCUACGUAAGCUGAUUAUUGCUUUGGUGUCUUUGCCUACUCACCAUCACCAUUUCAAAAAUGAACCAGCUCAACGGCUAGACAACCUUCCAGUCGCUUCCGCUGACGAGAACGCCUCCGUGGAGAACCAAUGGUGUCAACUGCAGGACACAGUCCAGUCGACGGCCAUGGCUGUCCUUGGUCACGCACGACGCCAACACCAGGACUGGUUUGAUGACAAUGGCGCCGCAAUGAUCGGUGAGCGCCCCCAACCAUUGUAUAUUGCGAUCGAAAACCGACAGGGCAACGGGCUCGUGGCCCAGUGGUUAGAGACGUGGACUUCUAACAAACAGUUCGCGAGUUCGAGCUCCGGGUGUGUCACAAUUCGGGGUAGGGUAUGACUGGCUGACGACGGCUAAUAAGCCAGAAAUGGCCAUUCCAAUCUCCCUUGUCUUUUUCGGUAAUAUCAUUCUGUCCAUAUCAUGCGCCGCUGUGCAGCUGCUGGUUGGGUUCGAUAGAGAGCCUCUAAGGCACAUCGGAACGAGUGAGUUCCGUAAGAACGAUCGGUGAGCGCCCCCAAUCAAUGACACUACCAUUAGCAAUCUGCUCAACGAAAUGAACGGCCUACACAAAGCCUACGUCGACCGCCCCACCGACAACAACAGAGCAGCCUUCUACGGUGGUCGCCGCCUCGUCCAACAGCGGCUGCGCGACAUGCAGGACGCCUGAAUAGCUCGCAAGGCUGAGGAGAUGCAGGGGUACGCGGACCGCAACGAAUGGAAGAACUUCUUCUCCGCCAUCAAAGCUGCCUACGGCACGCCGAUCAAAACAACUGCUCCUUUUGUUAGCGCCGACGGCAGUACCCUCCUCACUGAGAAGGCAAGAACUCUACAAAGAUGAGCCGAUCGCUUCCAAGGCGUCUUCAACCACCCCUCCACCAUCUCCGACACCACCAUCGCCCGUCUGCCUCAAGGGGAGACCAACGCCGACCUCGACCUCCCACCCUCUCUUCACGAAACCAUCAGGGCCGUGCAAUGGCUCUCCAGCGGGGAAGCGCCCGGAUCGGACGUGAUCCCUGCUGAGGUCUACAAGCACGGCUGUCCCCAACUCAUGGACCACCUGACUGCGCUCUUCCAGGAGAUGUGGUUUCAAGAAGAAUUUCCGCAGGAUUUCAAAGACUGCACAAUCAUCCAUCUCUUUAAGCAGAAAGAUAACCGCCAGUUCUUUGGCAACCAUCAAGGCAUCCUCUUGCUGAAUAUCGCCGGUCUUUGCUCGAGUCGGUUUCCGUGCGUCUCCUGUUGCGCGACUUACUCGAGCCUGAGACUCCUUCCAUGACACCGCUCAGCCUGGGGUGAAAUACAGUGAAAUCCUGAGGUGUGUGUGUGUGGUUCACGCAGCUCGUCACGUUGUGUGUGUGUGUGUGUGUUGUGUGGAAUGGCGGACUGCUGGGCUGGGGACGGGCUGAAGCAGUACCUUCCACGGUUCUCUCACGCAAGUGAGAGACACGCCGUUCAACACCCGUUGUGUGAAAUCCUGGCGUUGUGUGUAUGGGGGGUCAGGUCGUGCUCUUGGCGCGCGCAGUCAUGGUCAGUCGACCAAGUCAGCCACCGCGCCCAUUUCCCACUCCAGUCUGCUGACCGGCUCGGACAGCGGCUGGGGUGUGGGAGUGGGAAGGGAGAGUGAGGUCGACGACUCAGCGCACUUCCUCCUCACUAUAAACAAUCUGACGCGCUUGAAGCUAUCACGGUGCACUAAAAGCCGUGGCUUGGAAGGUUGCCAACUGACGGGGUAACUUGGACCUCCUCCUCGACUGGUUGGGGUCUGAGAGUCAGGCUGCAAUGGCUCCUUCUUUAUGUGGCCUUUAUGGCACUCCUACCACAGUGUGGGAUCCGAGCCAGGCGUUGGCGGCACGCCUAGGUGCGGCUUCGGCCGUGCCGGCCUCCAGUCUCGGUUGUGUUGGUUGAAAUCCUGGUUAUUUGUUGUGUUGACCAGGGGGUGUGAUGGAACGCCAAGGUGAGGAUCCGUCCGAGCCAUCCACCUGCGGCCUCCCCCGUCUCCGGUCUUCUUGACUCUGUCUUGACACCGGGCUCGGGCGAGGGAGGAGGAGAGAGUGCAGGUAGAUGCAGCGCAAGUCUGCCUGCACUAUGAACCCCGCGCAAGUCACCGUUCCUGUUUCCGCCACCUGCUGUGGAGCGCACGGUGACCACAUUAAAUCCGGCCAAAAUUACUGUCCAACACGUGCAUGGCACGCCUUGGCCCUCGUGAUGCGCCAAUCGUUAUGUCAGUCUCGGUCUGAUAUGCUCGGGCAGUCGGCCGGUGUACAGAAGUGGGGUGAGAGACUGUGGCCCACAUUGGAGAAUCCAUCCUCCCAACAUAUCAGCGGACGCGCUUGAACCCAAAACGACACGCCUCUGUCGUGGCUCGGAGGGGUGCCAACUGCGUGUCUUAAAAAUGCGAAGGCUUGAAGACAGAGGGAUUUUGAAUAAUCAGUUCCACUUUGUUGGAUGUCGUCGCCAACUAGCCAUGUCAUCAAAUGCCAAGCCUGCAUGACUGGAGCUUCUAAGUGGACUCUCACAUGAUUAAGGCAACUUAGCUCAUGCCAAUGGGCUGUCGUCCUGUUGACUGCAAUAGGCAGUUCUUAAAGUCACAUCUGUGGGAUAUUAACCGAUCAAUCCUGAUUGACGACACUAUGCAUAAAUUCGCUUUCGUCUUUGAACUUUGGUCUAAAUACAACGUGGGCGAUAGUGAGAGUCCCACGCCUAUUUGGCACUCAGGUGUUCUGUUCUGUAGCCAGAAACUAAACACUAUCGUUUUAUCGAAUUCGAAGAUGGUUUGGUUGCUCUGUGGUUGUUAAGACUGCACAGCAUGUUACGCUACUUUAGACUGAAUGAUUGCCAAUAACACGUCUCUGCUCAUGAACCCGGUUGGUGCUGCCGGGUAAUGGUUGCCAUGUCUCCCUCCCCUCCCCUCGUCGUCUCUUCGUUUGUCGAAAUAUGCUGGUCGUCAACGUGAAGUUUCCCAAGCCAACAUUCAGGGGUAGGGAGAAUUGGUAGGACAACCUUCAGUGCGCUGGGGUAGAGGUACAAGCGAGUCAGAAUGAAGUGUCAGUUAUUUGUAUCAGCAAGCCGAUUUUCGAUCGCUGUGCGCGCGCGUGCACCCUAGCCCUGCUCGACUGCGGCCAAUUGUUGAAGGCAAAAGUAUCGAUCGGCGUCACGGCAGGCCGAAGGCUGCGCCCAACGCCGAGCGUGUAAUUAAUUGGCAAGGUCUCUGUGUCCAUGCCGUGUAGACGCGCGAACGCGCUGAACUAGUACCGCUCGGCGCGUGCACUGGUCCACAUAGCUUCAUGGGUCAGCGGAACACCAGGACGCAGCUCGCGGCCGGUCGAUAAAAUGCGCCGAAUGCCAUGAGUAUUUGACGCACCCACUAAAUAUGCCACCCAACUUGAAAUAAAUAACUUGAGCGGGGUUGUGAAAUUGAAGGCGUGCCACGUAAUGCCAAGUUACUUCCUGAACUACGGAAUGCCGGCAGCUGGUGAAAAAUCAUCCUAUUUGUCCUGCUCACUUUAAAAAAUGUCGAUUUCCGUUUUAAAAACUUUGAAUUUAUGAGAGCGUUUGAGGCGAUCGCGUGGUUCUUGUGAGAUAAGCGGUUGUGUGCUCGUAGGGGUUUAGGGGGGGCCAGUUAGGGGGCACCUGUGCAUGGGUGGUAAGUGGCAGCACGCAAAUGGUGACUGCUCAUCACGGUCCUUACUCGGCAACCACCUAUCAUCUGUGAUUCCCCGAAGGAAGACUUUGCAUAGCGACCACAUCCCGGUAACCCUCUCAACUGGCUUGCUUAACCAGAUGGCGAUAUCCGAUGUUUUGUGUGACCCCACACCCAGUAAUUGAGCUCCCAUUCCUGACCCCUCCUUCCACUCCAAAAAGUGCUAAGGAGAGAGCGAUAUACUAUCCCGUAGGCGGCACAGACUAAUUAGAGUCACCCUUUACUAAACAAGGUCGUGACCACUUGUCGAGUUCAACAGUCGUCUGGGAUAUCCAAGACGUCCUAUUUGGGGAUAACAGGGUUUGCCCUCUGGGGAAGUGACUGAAAAAGGGGCCUCAAAUAAAUGCUGUUAAAUCAGGCCAUCUGAAGAUAUACCGUGGCUGGUAGAUGCAAAACUCGAAGUCAAAAUUAAAUAAAGUACCCCGACAAUCCGAAGCAACAUCGUGGAACGACUGCCCUGUCUGCCACAGGGCAUCAACGGCCGCUUAAUAACCCUGUGUUAGCCCCUUUGGGAGGCCCAAUUCGGUUAUUUACGCCCACCCCUUUUCCCAAUGACCAGCUCCGAUGACGGGGAUGAAUAAAUUAAAUGAGGACUUACACGUCCUUCUGACGACUGUACCGAAGGCGAACAUGUUGAUAUCCGCGCUUCCUGGAAGGGAAUGUGGCGCCCUCAUGCAAUUGGACACUGAAACGACAACGGCCCUCUUUUUCUUCUUCUACGAACCUACGCAGAACACCGUCUUCUCCCUCCCAACACCCUCUUCUGAGUUUCAGGGCGGAAGAAGGCGAGCGAGAUGCAGCCUCGAUCGUGGUGCUGGCAGCUGCUGGAGUGCGUUCUCGUCUGGAGGCUAUAUCGACUGGCGAUUCCAACGCCGACAGCCGGACGGACCAUCGCCUCAUCUCUUCAAGGCGGAGGUUCUGGCUCUAACCUAG